GCCCGCCACUGGUCGGGCCGCCAGCCGGUGGCGGUUCGAAAUCGAGCACUUCAGUUUUUAUUUUAUCGCACGAAAGAUGAUGCUCCCCGAGUUCUCGACGCUCUGCGCCGUGCCCGGCUGCACGCGCUUCGCCAAGCUCAAGAGCGUCUGCCUCCUCCACCGCCAGGCCCAAGCCAUGUACGACAGCCUGACGUCGGCCGACGCCAAGCCGGUUGCACCGCCGCCGCGCCCAACACCAUUGCUCAAGCCGCUCCUCGGCCGAAAGCUCUGCCAAUGGGACGCGUGCCCCAAACGGGCCAAGACCGGUGGCUACUGCAUCGCGCACGGCGGUGGCAAGCGUUGUGAAGUCGCGGGCUGCGUCAAGAGCGCAAAGGAAGGUGGCCUCUGCAUCUCGCACGGCGGCGGCAAGCGCUGCAUCGCGGCCGAGUGUGCCAAGUCGGCGCUCCUCGGCGGCUACUGCGCGCAGCACGGUGGCGGCCGGCGCUGCAACGACGCCGGGUGCACCAAGUACGCGCUCUCGGGCGGCUACUGCAUCGCGCAUGGCGGCGGGAAGCGUUGCCAGUUCGACAUGUGCAGUCGGAGCGCUGUGAGCGGCAACUACUGCGUUGCCCACGGUGGCGGCCACCGGUGCUCGAUGCCCGGGUGCGUCAAGGGCGCGGUCACGGGUGGCCGCUGCAUCAAACACGGCGGUGGCAAAAAGUGCAGCGUGGCGACCUGUCGAAAGAACGCGCGCAACAAGGGUUUCUGCUUUGCUCACUUCAAGAGCGCCGCUGCGACCGACGCCUAUCGUGCUCCAAGUCUGAGUCGCACUAGUAGCCUCGACGGGCGGUGUUGAACCACCCACGCCGCCGUCUUAAUCUUAAUUUAUGCCACGAUUCCUCGACUACUG